CUGCUCAGUAGAGUUGGAAGUAGUUCUAGAAUUCUUCAAGCUCCAUAAAGAGCAGGUGAUCAAGGUUGUGCUGUGUAGAGAGCCCUCUCCGUGCUGCUCUCUUCCCCAGGCCCACUCCUCACGCAGCUAGCAGGAGGAGGAGAACUGGAGGGACUGUGAGGAGACAGAGGAUUAAAGGCAAACAAGGCAGCGCCGCCACCUUAAUUCUCCCAUCAACACUGGUGCAGAACAAGAGCGAGCGAGAUGGCGUCGAUGUUCCGGAGUGAGGAGAUGUGUCUGACGCAGCUGUUUCUCCAGGUGGAGGCUGCCUAUUGCUGCGUUGCAGAGCUUGGCGAGCUGGGCCUGGUCCAGUUCAGAGAUUUGAACGUGAAUGUGAACAGCUUCCAGAGAAAGUUUGUGAAUGAAGUCAGAAGAUGUGAAUCCUUGGAGAGGAUCCUCCGCUUUCUGGAAAAUGAAAUGGAAAAUGAGAUUGUGAUCUUCAAACCUGAAAAGUAUCCCGAGACCCCCCUGCCUCGAGAAAUGAUUGAUUUGGAGACAGUUCUGGAGAAACUGGAGGAUGAGCUGCAGGAAGCCAAUCAGAAUCAGCAAACCUUGAAACAGAACUUUCUAGAACUGACUGAACUAAAACAUCUCCUGAAGAAAACUCAGGACUUCUUUGAGACAGAAACCAAUCUACCAGAUGAUUUCUUCAACGAAGACACUUCUGGUCUGUUGGAAUUAAGAAGUACUCCUGUCGCAGUGGCUGCAAAGUUGGGAUUCACAGCAGGGGUGAUAAAAAGGGAAAGGAUGGUGCCUUUUGAGCGUUUACUGUGGAGAGCCUGCAGGGGAAACAUCUAUUUGAGAUACACUGAAAUGGACACUGCCCUGGAGGACCCUAUUACGAAGGAACAGAUGAAAAAGAAUGUGUUCAUUAUCUUCUAUCAAGGAGAGCAGCUCAACCAAAAAAUCAAGAAGAUUUGUGAUGGGUUUCGUGCUACAGUAUAUACCUGUCCAGAGUCUGCUGCUGAACGUCGAGAAAUGGCUGAUGGUGUGAACACAAGGAUUGAGGAUUUAAAUGCAGUGAUCACCCAAACGGAAUCGCACCGCCAGCGGCUGCUGCGCGAGGCGGCUGCGAACAUGUGGACCUGGGGGAUCAAGGUGAAGAAAAUCAAGGCCAUCUACCACAUCCUGAAUUGCUGUAACAUUGACGUCACCCAGCAGUGCGUCAUCGCCGAGAUCUGGUUCCCAGUGGCUGACUCUGGCAGGAUAAAAAGGGCUCUCCAGCAGGGAAUGGAACGUAGCGGCUCCACCAUCUCCCCUAUCCUGACUGCAGUACAGUCUAAGAUGGCCCCACCCACCUUCAACAGAACCAACAAGUUCACUGCAGGCUUUCAGAACAUUGUGGAUGCUUAUGGUGUGGGAAGCUACAGGGAGAUGAAUCCAGCUCCAUACACUAUAAUUACCUUCCCCUUCUUGUUCGCGGUGAUGUUUGGAGAUUGUGGCCACGGUGCUGUUAUGCUGGCCUUCGCCCUCUGGAUGGUCACUAAUGAGAAGACACUUUUGGCCCAGAAAAGCAAUAAUGAGAUUUGGAACACCUUCUUUGGUGGGCGCUACCUGAUCCUGCUCAUGGGCAUAUUCUCCAUUUAUACUGGCUUUAUCUACAAUGACUGCUUCUCCAAAUCUUUCAACAUCUUUGGUUCUUCCUGGCAUACCCGCCCCAUGUUUAGAAACAACACGUGGAAUCCUCAUGUUCUUGAAGAAAAUCAAGUAUUGCAGUUGGAUCCAGCAGUCCCUGGAGUCUACUCAGGAAAUCCAUAUCCGUUUGGAAUUGAUCCGAUCUGGAACAUUGCUUCAAACAAGCUGACGUUCUUAAACUCCUACAAAAUGAAGAUGUCUGUCGUCAUGGGGAUUACGCAGAUGGUCUUUGGGGUCACACUCAGUCUUUUCAACCACAUCUACUUCAAGAAAACCAUAAACAUCGUCCUGCAGUUCAUUCCAGAAAUGAUCUUUAUCCUCUGCCUGUUUGGUUACCUGGUCUUCAUGGUUAUUUUCAAAUGGUGCCGCUUCGACGUCCAUGUAUCCCAGAAAGCACCGAGCAUUCUCAUCCACUUCAUCAACAUGUUUCUGUUUAAUUACAACGAUCCUACAAACGGCCCCUUAUAUCCGCACCAGGAAGAAGUCCAGAGCUUUCUGGUCAUAUUUGCCCUGAUAGCUGUUCCUUGGAUGCUUCUAUUUAAACCUUUCAUCCUCCGAGCCAAUCACCGGAAAGCUCAGCGUAUGCUCCAGACACCGGCCAUUUCAGAAAACCCCGCUGGUGACAUUGAAGUGGAGAUCAUUGACUCCAAUCACGCCAAGAAAGCCGGUCAGGAAGACCAUAAUGGUGGCCAUGGGGGACAUGAUGACCAUGAUGAAGAGUUCAAUUUUGGCGAUAUGUUUGUCCACCAAGCUAUCCACACUAUUGAAUACUGCCUGGGCUGCAUCUCCAACACAGCAUCCUACCUCCGGCUCUGGGCACUCAGCUUGGCUCAUGCACAGUUAUCAGAGGUCCUCUGGACCAUGGUGAUGAACAUCGGACUCAAGAACAGCGGCUGGGGAGGACUUAUUGGGGUCUUCAUCAUCUUUGCCAUCUUUGCAGUUCUGUCUGUAGCUAUUCUGCUUGUCAUGGAGGGCCUCUCUGCCUUCCUGCACGCACUGCGCCUUCACUGGGUGGAGUUCCAGAACAAGUUCUACGUGGGGACAGGUUAUAAGUUUUCUCCAUUCUGCUUUAAGUCUAUCAUAGAUGGGACUGCAGAAGACUAAAGACAACUAAUUGCAAAAACCCUUUACUCCCUGGAUCAAAUUUUUCAUUCCUUGAGACAGAUUACACUCUGGGGUACAGAAACCUCUUCAAGUGAGCAUCAUGUUCUAUGUAGUUAAAUGGAAUUGUUGCCCUGGCCUAGCACUAGGUACGAACCAGACACUACUCUCAUUAAAGGGUUAACCGUGUCAUACUUUAGCAAAAAUGUUAAUCUAAAAGGUGACCAUUUUUACUUAUACAAUGCUAAACUGUAAAUCAGCGGAGCAACAGAACAGAGAGACAACACUCAGCGUGUUGGCCAGAUCCUCAGCUGGUGUACACAUGCAUCUCUCCAUUGACGUCAAUGCUGAGGAUCUGGCCCUAUUUGUAGGAGUCAUCUGUCUACUCUUUGGGUUAAAAACAGAGGAUGUGUGCUGUUUUGAAAUAA